AUGAGCCAGGGCACCACGCCUGUUCCCUCGACUGAGGGCGGCGUCGAGAGCGUGUCUGACGCCGAGCUUGACCAGAUGCAGAGCAUCCUAGACUACGUCUACGACUACAGAAACGCCGACGGCCAUGAUCCGUCCAAAGUCUUCCACCGCAAGGUCAACAAGCGCGCCCUCCCGCACUACUACGAGGUCAUCAAGGAGCCCAUGGCCAUGAGCGCAAUCAAGGCCAAAAUCAACUCAAAGGAGUACAGGAGUUGGACCGAGUUUGUGCGCGACUGGGCUCUGGUCUCUCACAACGCCCAAGUCUUCAACCGCGCCGACGCUGGCGCAUACAAGGAUGCCGUCGUUGUCCGUGAAAUCGUCGAGGCCGAACUCAAGAAGCUCGUCGACCUCAAGGUCAUCUCAGAGGAAGUGAGCACCUUUCCUUUCCUUGGCGACAUCCCUCCCCAAGACGAGUUCCCCAUCGAGGAAGAGGAUGACGACGAGGACGAAGACGACGAGGAAGAUGAUGAGAUGGAUGUGGACGACUCGGACGAGGAUGGCGGCAAGCGCAAGAGAAAGCGCGGUCGUCCGUCAAAGCGCGAUCGUGACUUGGACAGAGACAACGACCCCGAGACCAGAAAGAAGCGUGGCAGACCGCCAAAGGUGCUCACACCCAACGAAGCUCGUAUCCAGGCUGUCCUCAAGGGCAUCAGAAAGCCCAAGGGCGCCGGUGGCCUCAAAAUCUCGACCUUCGAACGCCUCCCCGACAAGGCCGCGAUGCCCGAGUACUACGCCGAGAUCCAAAACCCCAUGGCAUUCGACGUGCUCAAGCGCAAGCUCAAGAGAAAGAAGUACCAAUCCUUCGACCAGUUCAUGAAGGACGUCGACUUGAUGUUCGACAACGCAAUCCACUACAACCUCGAUGAAAGCCAGAUCUACAAGGACGCCGUCGAACUGAAAGCCGAGGCUCACCGUCUGGCCGACGAAGAACGUACAAAGCCCGAUACCGAAUACGUCAUGGACGAAGGCAGAAUUCCCCUGCCUACCGGCAUUCUCUACAACGGCGAGCAUUUCAAGGUCGGCGACUGGGUUCACGUCACCAACGCCAAUGACCUGACCAAGCCCAUUCCCUGUCAGAUCUACCGCACCUGGCAAGAUCCUCAAGGUGGACAAUGGAUCAAUGUCUGCUGGUACUACCGCCCUGAGCAGACCGUCCACCGCUUCGACAAGCACUUCUUGGAGAAUGAAGUCGUCAAGACCGGUCAGUACCGCGACCACCGUGUCGAUGAGAUCAUGGGCAGGUGCUUCAUCAUGUUCACCACUCGCUACUACAAGGGCCGCCCUCGUCGUCUACCCGCUGAUAUUGACAUCUACGUCUGCGAGGCUCGCUACAACGAAGAGAAGUUUAAGUUCAACAAGAUCAAGACUUGGGCCAGCUGCCUGCCUGAUGAAGUGCGCGACAGAGACUACGAGAUGGACCUGUUCGACGUGCCCCGCAAGAUGAGAAAGUUGCCGAGUCCUAUUGCAUACCUCUUGAAGGACAGCGACAAGGAGACUGAUGACAUGCCCAAGCCUGAGUGGGGAGCAGAGAAUGCACCUCCUAAGAUUGGCGCUGUCCACAGACUUCCUCGCGAUCCCAGAGAUUCUCCUCCCCCGGAGCCUACUCCCUCGCCCCCACCUCAACCCAUUGUCGCCCCUCCUCAGGCUCGUCAGCCAUCGCACAUGUCGCCAUCCAUACCGGCUCCUAAUAUGCAAGCCUACUCGCCCAUGCAGGCUCAAAUGACGCCCAUGCAGACUGCUCCUGCCCCAACUCGUCCCAUGCAACCCUUGGCCCGCUCUUCGCACACUCCUGCCCCUGCUCAGCAAUACAUGCAGCAGCACUCGGCCUCGCCUGCACCCAUGCCUAGCCUUCAUCGUGCCGGCUCUAACCAGUUCGCUCCUGCCACCCCUCAGCAGAUGACUGGCUUGCCUCUGCCUCGCACUGCCGGUCAAGGCUUCCAAUCGCAGGCUCCCGCUAUCCCACCUGCUCCAUCUGCCUUGCAGAGCCGUACGUCCUACCGCGAUCCCGCUCCUGUCGAAGUUUGGACUUUGCCCGACGCUGCUAACGCCAGCAUCCCGCCGGAGCUGCGCAACAUGUACCAAACCGAUGACCAGGGUCGCAUGCUCUUCUUCUCCACACCUCCCGUCCAGCUCGCUGAUGAGCCCAACGACCCUAACAAGAACCUCGGUCACAGUCUCGCCUACAUGGCUGAGAAGUCUCGCCGCACUCAGGAAAUCGUUGCCCGCCGCAGAGCCUAUAUGGAGAAGAAGGCCGAGCUCGCAGCCUCAAGGAAGCGCCAGCGCGACAUUGAGGACGAGAUGCGCAACGCCGACCACGCUACUCAAAUGGCCAGAGCUCUCGACUUGUACAACGCCCACAUGACUCGCAACAUUAACUUGGAGCUCUACGCCAUGUACGGCAAGGAAGGCUACAAGGAAGGACUCGAAGCUCUGCUUGACCGCGUCGAAGAGACCCAGAAGCUGGAGAUCCAGAGAAAGGCUCAGAUGGAGAAGAACGCCGCCGAGAGAGCCGCUGAGGAAGUCUCUCUCAAGUCCAACGGCGUUCUCUUCGACAAGGUCGAGGACGGCUCUUCCUACUGA